AUGGCUUCUCUAACAUUAACACCGUACCUUCCCCUUUCUCUCUCAUCAAGAAUUCCAUUACCCCACCUGUCACCACCCCUCUCACCUCCUCGUUACUCCCUCCACCUCACUCCUCCAAAAUCUACACCCUUAUCUUCUACUACAUGUACGUGGCCAAAGAAGAACUGUAAACCAAUUCAAUCAGUAAAAGUUUGUUCACAGUUGAGGUAUCCUAUCAUUUCUCCUGAUGACCAUUGGGGAAUCUGGUCUGCUCUCUUUGCCACUGGGGCUUUCGGUAUCUGGUCUGAGAGGACAAAAUUUGGGAGUAUGCUUAGUGCAGCCUUGGUGAGCAUAAUGGUUGGACUUGCAGCUAGUAAUGUAGGAAUCAUUCCUUAUGAAGCAAGGGCAUAUUCAGUUGUGCUGGAGUAUCUGCUGCCUCUAACUGUUCCUUUGCUGCUGUUUAGAGCUGACUUGCGGAAUGUGUUUCGAUCCACUGGGGCUUUGCUCUUAGCUUUCUUGCUUGGUUCCGUUGCAAGUAUUAUUGGAACUUUCAUUGCCUUUCUGAUGGUGCCUAUGCGAUCUCUUGGCCAAGAUAAUUGGAAAAUAGCUGCUGCCCUCAUGGGGAGUUAUAUUGGUGGAUCUGUUAAUUAUGUUGCGGUUACAGAGGCUCUUGGUGCUUCUCCAUCAGUUGUGGCUGCAGGAGUAGCUGCAGACAAUGUUAUCUGUGCCAUAUACUUCAUGGUAUUAUUUGGAUUAGCCUCUAAAAUACCCCCUGAGGCCUCAACCUUGGCCAAAGAUGUUGAAAUGGAUGUGUCAUCCAAUUCGGAAGGAAAAAUCCCUGUGCUACAGACUGCUACAGCACUUGCUAUCUCCUUUAUGAUAUGUAAGAUUGGCACAUAUCUUGCACGACUAUGCAAGAUUCAAGGAGGCACUCUUCCAGCAGUAACGGCUAUUGUUGUCUUUUUAGCAACAUUAUUUCCAGCACAGUUUGUUUAUCUUGCUCCUGCUGGUGAUACUCUUGCUUUGGUUCUGAUGCAGGUAUUUUUUGCUGUAGUUGGUGCCGGUGGGAGCAUAUGGAAUGUCAUCAACACAGCACCAAGUAUAUUCUUAUUUGCUCUAGUUCAAGUAACUGUUCAUCUUGCUGUGAUUCUUAUAUCUGGAAAGCUGUUGCGCUUUGACUUAAAGCUAUUACUUCUAGCAUCAAAUGCCAACAUUGGAGGCCCUACGACAGCAUGUGGAAUGGCCACAGCCAAAGGAUGGGGUUCUUUAAUUGUUCCUGGAAUUCUUGCAGGCAUUUUUGGGAUUUCUACUGCAACUUUUCUUGGUAUUGGUUUCGGAAUGACGGUCCUUAAAUACUUGUAG